CGCCGGCGGCUAGCAGAGAUAGGUGGAGGACCAUCAUCAACGGCUGUCAUACCACCGUUUUCGCCGGAAUGGACGCAAAUUCAGCAGAAUUUGAAGCGAUUUUGAAGGACAUAGAGCGUGCUAAUAGCACUGGCACCAGCAACACCAACAACGACGAUCAAGGCUGGAAAACGGUGUCGUAUAAGAAAUCAAGACGUAAAACUACUAAUAAGUCUCCCGAAAAUUACGCCGAUCACGGCUCCGGUGCCGAUGACGUUUUCCGUUCGAUCGAACAGCAAUCGGAGGGGCGUCGACGAAGAGUGAUUGAAUCUCAGAAGGCUGCCGCCGCUGCCAUUGAUGCUGCAGUAGCAGACGGUGGUCAUGUUCGUGUAUCUGGCAACGACGGCGAGGAGGAUGGGAGUGAUGUGGAGAACUUGGCCGGAGUUGAGAGCGGUCGGGGAGAGGCGAAGAAGAGUAAACUGAAGAAGUUGAAGAAACCUAAAGUUACUGUCGCUGAGGCUGCAGCGAAGAUUAAUGACUCUGAUCUGGCUGUUUUUCUUGCUGACAUAACGGAAUCGUAUGAAUCACAACCAGAUAUACGUCUCAUGAGGUUCGCUGACUAUUUUGGUCGUGCAUUUGCUUCUGUGAACGCAUCUCAAUUCCCAUGGAUGAAAGCACUCAAGGGGGCUUCUGUGGAUAAGAUGGUUGAUAUCCCUCUAUCACACAUAUCUGAAGAUGUUUACAGGACAUCUGCAGACUGGCUUAACCACCAACCUGUUGAAGCACUGGGGUCCUUUGUGUUGUGGUCCUUAGAUGGCAUAAUUGCUGACAUGGCUCUCCAUCAAGGAGCUAUCAAGGGUUCAAAGAAGGUGGUUCAGCAGGCACCUUCAAAAUCCCAGGUUGCCAUAUUUGUGGUUCUAGCGAUGGUACUACGAUGUAAACCUGAUGUUUUGAUCAGUCUUCUGUCAAUAAUAAAAGAGAGUUCUAAAUAUCAAGGGACAGAAAAGCUUCCUGUCUUAUUGUGGACUAUCACACAGGCUUGUCAAGGAGACUUGAUUGUGGGGCUGUUCAUGUGGGUGCACUUGCUCUUGCCAAUAUUGAGCAGUAAAUCAGGCUGUAAUCCUCAAUCCAGAGACCUUAUUUUGCAAUUGGUUGAGAGGAUUGUAUCUUCCUCAAAAGCUCGUACAAUUUUAGUCAAUGGUGCUGUGAGAAAGGGGGAGCGCCUGGUGCCACCGGCAGCGCUGGAGCUUCUGAUGGGAGUUACCUUCCCUGUUCCUACAGCUCGGCACAAGGCAACUGAGAGAUUUGAAGCGGCCUACCCCCUCCUAAAGGAGGUUGCUCUUGCUGUUGCCCCUGGCAGUAAAGCUAUGAAGCAACUUACACAACAGCUGUUACCCAUUGUUGCAAAAGCUGCUGGACAAGGCAAUAACGCUGCUCUGGCAAGUGAAGGAAGCAACAUCUUCUUAUGGUGUUUGAGUCAAAGUCCCGACUGUUAUAAGCAAUGGGACGACAUUUAUCUGGAUAAUCUUGAGGCUAGUAUUGUUGUUCUGAGAAAGCUGUCUGAUGAGUGGAUGAUUCACUCGGUUAAGCAUUCAAGUCUUGAGCCUCUGAAAGCAGCUUUGAAGAGUUUCUGUGAUAAGAAUCAGGCAGCAUUGACCAAUGGAGACGGUACCCAUGAAGCAUUAUUGAAAGAGGCAGAGAAGCAGUGCAAGAUUCUACUAGCAAAGUUUUCUGGGGGCCAUCGUUGCUUGAAGGCUACAGCGUUUCUAACGAUUACAAUGGCUGUUGGUGUUGGUUUGAUCGUCAAAGACCCUCAAUUCUGGAACUUGAAGGAAAUGGUAGAUUUCGACAUUUUUCGGGCUUUUACUUCUCUCUCUCAUCAUUGAAGUAAGCAGAGAAAGGCAUAGAGGUAAGUAAAUAGGUGAACCCAUAAUAAAUAAUGGGUAGAGGGAGAUAAAUGAGUCCGUUUUAGGAGCUCGUAUGCGGAUGGAUAUCAUCAAGUCAUAGAUAUAUAUUUAGUCGGAAGUUUUAAGGUAUACCGAAACGGAAACAUAAACAUAAGGUGGUUUGUUGUGCUUUUAUUCUGGAAGGAAACUGUGGUAUAUUUAUGGUUUGU